GUUGGUGUGCACUGGCAGUAUGACCUGGAUCAGCUGGAGAAGGACCGCGGCUUUGUGACCGGCUAUCUGGACCCUCUGCCCGGGUCUUUCCACUCAGGGACCAGCGAUGCCCCGGGAAGAGGACAGCUGAAAGCUGGGCAGCUUGAACAACAAGGUGAAGUCACAAAGCUGCUCCUUCAAAGCCUUGCCAGUAAGGGCUGCCUGGAUCAAGGGGAUUUCCACGAUCGCUUUGAAAAAGAGAUCCUGCGGGAAGACACCAUGGACGGAACACGCCAAGGUGGAAAGUAUGGCUGGACAGACAAGACAAUCUGCGAUUUCUACAAAGCGCGCGUCGUCCGCAAAAAGCCAUGGGAAGAAUGUGUGCUCCCUCGCAGUGACACACCGGACACCAUCAUCCGGGGAGCUCUCAUUGCAGCAUCUUACUUCCUGAGCCCCCGCGCUAUGUGCUGCCACGUGCAGGCGCAUUCAAAGGCCUUUACUGGGGACAGUAGCGUGCAGGCACACUCCGUGGCCUUCGCCUGCUUGCUGGCUGGGAUCAUUCAGGGCUUGCCCUUGGACAAAGGGCUCUCGUGGAUCAUGUACACACAAGCCGGCGACCCACUGCCCUUCUCAUCUGUCCACAGCGACAAGGAUCACGACGAGGAGUACGGCGACUACACAGAGCCUGACUCGUUGCUUUGGUUUGGCUUGCUUGCCGAGGGCGUGGAGAACUGUGCAAAAGGCAUCGAACCUGCGCAUCGUGGUGUAGAGCUCUACGGCAAGUUUUGUGCCUUCUAUGGCGUCUUGGGGUCGGCCUAUUACUGCGCCGCGCGCUACCCGGACGACUUCGAGAAGGCUGUCCUCUGCAGCCUUAAUGGUGGAGGACAAAACACCAUGCGGACAAGCCUCGUCGGUGCCUUCCUUGGGGCGCAUGUUGGCCUCAAAGGCAUUCCCCAGAGAUUUAUCGACGGACUUGAAGACCACGACAACAUCGUCAGCUUAGCAAAGCAAGUUGCGCAAGACGCUAUAGAUCGUUCAUCCCCCUCGGAUGCAUGGAAGUGGCCCAGUGAUGAGAACAUGCCCGCCAUCGGCGUCAAGAAGCAGUCUGACUGA